CCCCUCAUUUCUCUCUCGCUCUCGCGCACACCCGAGCUCCUCUGCACACACUGUCUCUCUCUCACCCUCGCAUCAGCCUCCAUCGAUUCGGAGUCGCGGAAGGGCACCCCUCGUACUCUCCCCGAUUCGCAGGAUCCGGCGCGGUGAGAUGAAGGCCGGGAUCCGAUCGUGCGCGACCGGGUGAUUGCGCGAGCCAUCCGUUUUGAGGGGUGGUUUUGUAAUUGUAUGGAAACUCGGAGCCGGAAGCGGGCGGAGGCCACCUCAUCAGCCCCUUCUUCGUCUUCUCAGUCCGGUCCCGCCACCCGCUCCGCCAAGCGCGCCCGCGUCUCCAACGCCACCGCCUCCUCCUCGUCCUCCUCCGUCCCUUCCGUGUCCACCCGCUCCCGCACCACCCGCGCCCGCGACGCCCUCCCCCCGCCGCCCCUGCCCCCCGCCGCCCCUGCCCCGAUGGAGUCCACCGAAUCUUCGGGGUCCCGCCGCGACCGCAGGAGGAACAAUACGGAUAAUUCCGAUAAAGGUAAAGAGAAAGAGCACGAGGUCAGGGUCAGGGAGAGGGAGAGGGAGAGGGAGAGGGAGGCAGAGAGAAGCCUAGGGCUGAAUAUGGACCGCGACGGCGGGGUUGAGGAUGAUGAUAACGACAGCGAGGGCGGAGUUGGCAUUUUGCACCAGAAUCUGACUUCGGCCAGUAGUGCCCUUCAAGGGCUUUUAAGGAAAUUGGGUGCUGGAUUGGAUGACCUGCUUCCGUCAUCUGCUAUUGCGUCUGCUUCUUCGUCGCAUCAGAGCGGUCGGCUCAAGAAGAUUUUAUCUGGGUUGCGUGCAGAUGGCGAGGAAGGGAGGCAGGUGGAGGCAUUGACACAGUUGUGUGAGAUGCUGUCAAUUGGGACCGAGGACUCGCUCAGCACUUUCUCCGUGGAUUCCUUUGUUCCGGUACUUGUCGGGUUGCUUAAUCACGAGAGUAAUCCAGACAUCAUGCUCCUUGCCGCGAGAGCUCUUACGCAUUUAUGUGAUGUGCUGCCCUCAUCUUGUGCCGCCGUGGUGCAUUAUGGUGCUGUUUCAUGCUUUUGUGCCAGGCUGCUUACUAUAGAGUACAUGGACCUAGCUGAGCAGUCUCUCCAAGCCCUUAAGAAGAUCUCGCAAGAGCACCCUACUGCCUGCUUACGAGCCGGUGCUCUCAUGGCGGUGCUUUCGUAUCUGGAUUUCUUCUCCACUGGAGUGCAGCGAGUGGCAUUGUCUACUGCUGCCAACAUGUGUAAGAAACUCCCGUCUGAUGCGGCUGAUUUUGUGAUGGAAGCAGUUCCAUUAUUGACAAACCUUCUUCAAUACCAUGACGCCAAGGUGCUAGAGCAUGCUUCUGUAUGCUUGACUCGGAUUGCAGAAGCAUUCGCCUCAUCUCCAGAUAAGCUAGACGAUCUGUGCAACCAUGGACUAGUAACACAAGCUGCGUCACUUAUCUCAACUAAUAAUUCUGGUGGUGCCCAGGCAUCUCUCAGCACGCCUACGUACACGGGAUUGAUCCGGCUGCUUUCAACUUGUUCAAGUGGCUCCCAUUUAGGAGCUAAAACAUUGCUUCUCCUAGGAAUAAGUGGCAUCCUUAGAGAUAUUCUGUCAGGAUCUGGUGUGUCUGCUAAUGGUUCUGUUCCGCCUGCAUUGACUAGACCACCUGAGCAGAUUUUUGAGAUUGUAAACCUGGCCAAUGAGCUUCUUCCACCGCUGCCUCUAGGAACGAUUUCCCUUCCUGUUAGUUCGUACUUAUUUGUGAAAGGGCCGAUGUUGAGAAAGUCCCCUACCAGCAAUUCAGGGAAGCAAGAAGAAUCUAAUGGUAAUGCUGUGGAGGUUUCAACUCGAGAGAAAUUAUUGAAUGAGCAGCCUGAGCUGUUGAGGCAAUUUGGGAUGGAUCUGCUUCCUGUCCUGAUACAGAUCUAUGGUUCUAGCGUGAAUGGUCCUGUUCGUCACAAGUGUCUCUCUGUCAUAGCGAAGUUGAUGUACUUCAGUACUUCUGAGAUGAUCCAAUCACUUUUAAGUGUGACUAACAUAUCAAGUUUUCUAGCUGGUAUCCUAGCAUGGAAAGAUCCGCAUGUCUUGGUUCCUGCGUUACAGAUUGCGGACAUUCUUAUGGAGAAGCUUCCCGAGACUUUCUCCAAGAUGUUUGUCAGGGAAGGCGUUGUUCAUGCGGUAGAUCAAUUGAUCUUGGCAGGGAAUCCAAAUUCUGGUUCUGCUUCUGCUGAGAAGGAUAAUGACUCUGUUACUGGAUCAUCACGCUCUAGGCGAUAUAGACGACGAAGUGGUAGCUCGAACCCUGAGGGGACUUCAGUGGAAGAAUCUAGAAAUUCACUUUCCAUAAAUGUUGGAUCACCUCCAGGCUCUAUAGAAAUUCCGAAUGCUAAUUCCAAUCUUCGCACGACAGUUAGUGCAUGUGCAAAAGCAUUUAAAGACAAAUACUUCCCUUCGGAUCCCGGAGCCACCGAUGUUGGAGUAACAGAUGAUCUCUUGCACUUGAAAAAUCUUUGUAUGAAACUAAAUGCCGGCAUUGAUGAUCAGAAGAUGAAAGCCAAGGGAAAAUCAAAAAAUUCUGGAUCUCGAUUACCUGAUAAUUCUGCUAACAAGGAUGAAUACUUGACUGGGAUCAUAUCUGAGAUGCUGGCAGAGCUAAGCAAAGGAGAUGGUGUAUCUACUUUUGAGUUUAUAGGGAGUGGUGUUGUUGGAGCUUUGCUUCAUUACUUCUCCUGUGGCUAUUAUUCGAAGGACAGAAUUACAGAAGCUAAUCUUUCCAGACUUCGCCAGCAAGCAUUGAGGAGAUAUAAGUCAUUCGUGUCGGUUGCUCUUCCAUAUGGUAAUGGUGAGGCGGCUGUAGCUUCUAUGACUGUUUUAGUGCAGAAGCUUCAAAAUGCUUUGUCAUCUUUAGAACGCUUUCCGGUGGUCCUAAGUCAUUCAUCAAGGUCAUCUAGUGGAAGUGGUCGCAUCUCUUCUGGGCUCAGUGCAUUAUCUCAGCCAUUCAAGCUGCGUCUUUGCCGUGCCCAAGGAGAAAAAUCUCUUCGAGAUUAUUCUUCAAAUGUGGUGCUCAUCGAUCCCUUGGCAAGUUUGGCAGCUGUUGAAGAAUUUCUCUGGCCUCGAGUUCAGCGAAGUGAUUCCGGUCAGAAGCCCUCACCGUCUGGAGGUAACUCAGAAUCAGGGGCAACUCCUGCUGGUGCUGGUGCUGGUGCUUCAUCUCCUUCCUCGUCUACGCCUGCAUCCGCCACUCGUCGUCAUUCAACUAGAUCUAGAUCAUCUGUCAAUAUAGGGGACACAGCCAAAAAAGAGACGGCUCAAGAGAAAAGCUCAAGUUCAUCAAAGGGGAAAGGUAAAGCUGUUCUGAAGCCCACUCAGGAGGAUGGAAGAGGACCACAAACAAGAAAUGCUGCUCGCAGGAGGGCUGCUUUGGAUAAAGAUGCUCAGAUGAAACCUGAAAAUGGGGAAUCUAGCUCUGAGGAUGAGGAUCUGGACAUAUCCCCUGUUGAGAUUGAUGAUGCGUUGGUUAUUGAAGAUGAUGAUAUAUCUGACGAUGACGAUGACGACCAUGAAGAUGUUCUAAGAGAUGAUUCUCUUCCUGUUUGCUUGACUGACAAAGUACACGAUGUCAAAUUGGGCGAUUCUGCUGAUGAUAGUGCUACAAACCCAGCUACAAGUGACAGCCAGACCAACCCUUCUGGUUCUAGCAGUAGAGCUGCUGCUUCUCGGCCCUCCGAUUCUGCUGAUUUUAGAGGUGGUAAUACCUUUGGUACUAGAGGAGCAAUGUCUUUCGCUGCUGCUGCAAUGGCUGGGCUUGGAUCUGCUAAUGGUAGAGGUUUUAGGGGAGGCAGAGAUCGUCAUGGACGUCCUUUCCCUAGUAAUAGUGAACCUCCAAAAUUGAUCUUCACAGCGGGAGGGAAGCAGCUUAAUAGGCAUUUGACCAUUUAUCAGGCCAUCCAACGACAGCUCGUGUUGGAUGAGGAUGACGAUGAAAGGUUUGCUGGCAGCGAUUUUGCAUCUGGUGAUGGAAGCAGGUUGUGGAGUGAUAUAUACACAAUUACCUACCAGAAAGCUGAUGGGCAGGUCGACAGGGCAUCUGGUGGUAGUGCCCCUUCGAAGUCUGCAAAAUCUGGUUCUUCCACCUCCUAUUCCGAUGUCCAGUCACAGCGAAUGUCCCUUUUGGACAGCAUAUUGCAAGGGGAGCUUCCUUGUGAUCUAGAAAAAUCUAAUUCGACAUACAAUAUUCUGGCACUUUUACGGGUAUUGGAGGGAUUAAAUCAAUUAGCACCUCGUUUGAGGGCUGAGAUCGCUCGCAAUGACUUUGCUGAAGGAAGAACAUCUAGUCUAGAUCGACUUAGUACAUCUGGUGCUAAAGUUUCUCCUGAAGAAUUUAUGAAUAGCAAACUUACGCCUAAAUUGUCCCGGCAAAUACAAGAUGCCCUUGCAUUGUGUAGUGGGAGUCUUCCAUCGUGGUGCUCCCAGUUGACAAAAGCUUGCCCAUUCUUGUUUCCUUUUGAGACCCGUAGGCAGUACUUCUAUUCGACUGCUUUUGGAUUAUCCCGGGCAUUAUAUCGUCUGCAACAGCAACAAGGUGCUGAUGGGCACGGAUCAGCAAAUGAGCGAGAGGUAAGAGUUGGGAGAUUACAGCGCCAGAAGGUUCGUGUAUCUCGGAACCGCAUCUUGGAUUCUGCUGCGAAAGUAAUGGAGAUGUAUUCUAGCCAGAAAGCUGUGCUUGAAGUUGAGUAUUUUGGUGAAGUUGGAACUGGUUUGGGUCCAACCCUGGAGUUCUACACUCUCUUAAGUCACGACCUGCAAAAAGUGGGGUUGGAGAUGUGGAGAUCAAGUUCAUCAGAGAAGCCUGCAGUGGAUGUUGAUCUGAAUGAACAGAGCAAUGGUAAAAGCAUCAGUACAGAUUCUGCCGUGGAAGAUAGAGAUACAGUUGUGGCUCCUCUCGGGUUGUUCCCUCGGCCUUGGCCUCUUAAUGCUGAUAUUUCCGAUGGCAGUAAAUUCUCCAAGGUACUUGAGUAUUUCCGGUUGGUGGGACGUGUAAUGGCUAAAGCUCUUCAAGAUGGACGGCUUUUGGACUUGCCAAUGUCUCCAGCAUUCUAUAAGCUAGUGCUCGGACAAGAGCUUGAUUUGCAUGAUAUCAUCUCUUUCGACGCCGAGGUUGGGAAGGUAUUGGAAGAGUUGCAUGCUCUUGUUUGCCGUAAACAAUUUCUGGAAUCAAGCAGUGACAACAAUCAAGAUGCAAUUGCUGAUUUACGUUUUCGCGGGGCUCGAGUUGAAGAUCUCUGUUUAGAUUUUACACUUCCUGGUUAUCCGGACUGCAUCCUGAAGUCGGGGGACGAAACCGUCGACGUAAAUAACCUGGAGGAAUACUUAUCCUUGGUGGUUGAUGCGACAGUCAAAACGGGAAUUGCUCGACAGAUGGAAGCAUUCAGAGCAGGGUUCAAUCAGGUUUUUGACAUCUCAUCUCUACAAAUAUUUACUCCACAUGAACUGGACUAUCUUCUCUGUGGCCGUAGAGAGAUGUGGGAGGCGGAUACACUUGCGGAGCACAUCAAAUUUGAUCACGGCUACAAUGCUAAGAGCCCAGCAAUUUUAUAUUUACUUGAGAUCAUGGGAGAGUUCACACCUGAGCAGCAGCGGGCCUUCUGCCAGUUUGUUACCGGGGCUCCAAGACUUCCACCAGGUGGUCUGGCUGUACUGAAUCCAAAGCUAACAAUUGUGCGGAAGCAUUCUUCUACGGCCAGUACUGUACCAUCUAAUGGAACUGGUCCUUCAGAGUCAGCAGAUGAUGACUUGCCAAGCGUGAUGACUUGUGCUAAUUACUUAAAACUUCCGCCAUAUUCUUCAAAGGAGAUUAUGUACAAGAAAUUGCUUUACGCUAUCAAUGAAGGGCAAGGAUCUUUUGAUUUAUCGUGAGAUUUUAAGACUAACAAAAAGGUCUGUGUAUAUUAGAACAUAGGGUCAAUAUCUGGUCUUUGAUGAUAUUGGUGUUGGAAGUAGCAUCAUGUUCUGCAGUUUUCCCAAGAAAUGGCCUCAUUUUUUGUCCUAAAUAGAGGCAAUCCUAAGGUCAGCUCUGCCAUCCCAUAUUUUGAUUGGAAUCUAUUCAGGAAGCCUGGAGCUGUGAGGAGAGAGAAUUUGAAGCCUGCCCUUGCAGCCUGCUAGAGCGUGUAAAUAAAUAGUGCCCAUUUGUUUUUGCCCCCUUUCCUGUUAACUUGCUCUGUUUAACUAUCAUACAUGUAUGUCAUAAAAGAUGGAUUUGAAGGGAAUAAGAAACAACACAAAUAGCUUUAUCCU